AUGCAGGCCGCCGCGCUCCCCGAGGAGAUCCGCUGGCUCCUGGCAGAUGCUGAGGAGUUUCUGGCAGAAGAUUUGAGGAAUGAGAACCUCAGUCCUGUUGCAAAGGACCACCGAGACCAUAUUCUUCGGGGUUUUCAGCAAAUCAAAACCAGGUACUAUUGGGAUUUUCAGCCCCAAGGGGGAGACCAAGCUGAAAAUUUCCUUGGACAGGACAGCUCCGAUGAUAACCACAGUGGAAUUCAUGGCCCUUCCUUCAUCUCAGAUGCACCUUUUUUGCCAGAUUAUCAGGAUGAGGGAAUGGAGGACUUCCCAAGAGGAGCUCAAGAGCUGGAUAGUGUCAUCAAGCAAGGAUACUUGGAGAAGAAAAGUAAAGAUCCCAGUUUCUUCGGAUCAGAAUGGCAGAAGAGAUGGUGUGUUGUCAGCAGAGGCCUCUUCUGCUACUAUGCUAAUGAGAAAAGCAAGCAGCCCAAAGGGACCUUUCUCAUUGAGGGCUACAGCGUACGGAUGGCCCCCUACCUGCGAAAAGAUUCCAAGAGAGAAUCCUGCUUUGAACUGACCUCCCCGGAUAGGCGCAGCUAUGAGUUUACAGCUACUAAUCCUGCUGAAGCCAGAGACUGGGUGGAUCAAAUAAGUUUCUUGCUAAAGGAUCUGAGUUCCUUAACCAUUCCCUGUGAAGAGGAGGAAGAGGAAGAAGAGGAAGAGGGGGAGAUGUAUGAUGACAUCGAUGGCCUUGACUCCCAAAAAUCUGGUGCCCAGCGCAGACCCAUUAUCUUGCCUGGGAGUCUAGGACUAAAACAGCCCUCAGAGGAGAAAGAAGAAGAAGAUAUUUACGAAGUCUUACCAGAUGACGAGCUUGAUCUCGGAGAGGAGGAGAGUGGCUCUGGACAAAAAAGAGCGGACUAUGCCAGCUAUUACCAGGGCUUGUGGGAUUGCCAUGGUGACCAGCCAGACGAACUGUCCUUCCAGCGAGGUGACCUCAUCCGCAUUCUGAGCAAGGAGUAUAACAUGUAUGGCUGGUGGGUAGGAGAGCUCAACAGCCUCAUUGGGAUUGUCCCAAAGGAGUACCUCACCAUGGCCUUUGAAGUGGAAGACAGAUGA